AUGGGUAGGAGAAAGCAAUCCAAGCCGCAGCGUUCGGUGGGUUUGAUCACAGAUACUGGUCUAGAUUCCGAUAGUAAGCGAUUAUCCGGAGAUGAUGCGGAAUGUUCUCGAGAAAAGAGUGUUGAAGAUAUCGAUAAGCCGUAUUAUGUGAACAUAUGUUUAAGUAGUCGAAUUUCGGAUCAGCAUCACUUUGAUAUAGCUGAAGUUGUUCCAACGAAUUUAAGUUUUAGAGAUAGUGGUUCACUCACACCCAUUGGGAUUGAUCAUGGUCUGGAUUGCUCAUUACGGUUUCGGCUAUGCAAUGUGACUAGUUUUGUUGAUCGGAUUAAGCUUGGUCAUUGGCCGGUAUUGUCUUCGAGUGAUAUAACUUUGGAAUUGGUUGAUAAAAAGAUGUCUGAUGAUGAGGCUGUGUCAGUGAUUUGGUCUGCAAGUUUUGACGGUCCAGGGGAAGGGGUUUCGGGUCUUGCUCAUUUGGCAAGCAUAAAGUUUUUGACUUUAAGGCUCGUGCCGGGUAAUCAGGGAUUGUUGUCUCCUAGAGUUAGAGUUGAAAUGCUUCAGCAGGCUUUUGAUGCUUGUGAUUCGCUUCUUGAGAAUACAAGGCAAAUAUGGAAGAAGAGUAUGAUUCAUGUCAUGUCUUGGUUGAGGCCAGAGGUAAUGACUUCAGAGGCUAGGUAUGGGACACAUUUAAACGUGCAGGAAAUUGAGAGAUCGAUGGUGGUGGAAGCUGAAACUUUGGACUCUAGUAAACAGUCGAGGUUUGAUGCUGCUGCUUUUUAUGAAUCCAUAAAGCCAUCAAAGAUGGAUGCGAUACUUGAAGAUGACAUAACUGAUUUGCUCCCAGAACUUAGGCCAUACCAACGACGUGCAGCUUAUUGGAUGGUGCAGCGAGAGAGAGGAGAUCCAAUAACGUUGGGAGACAAGGAAGAUAACCAAUUCAUUUCACCUUUGUCUGUCUCUGUUGGUUUCCAUGACUCUGCUUCAAAAAUGUUCUUUAACCCAUUCAGUGGAAAUAUCUCAUUGGCACCAGAGUAUUUUUCACCUCGAAUUCCGGGCGGUAUUCUUGCUGAUGAAAUGGGAUUGGGAAAAACGGUUGAACUACUUGCUUGCAUCUUUUCUCAUCGGAAACCAGCCGAGGAUGAAAUAUCCGUGUCUAAUGGGUCAUCAUCAGUUAUUGAUGAUUGUAAAACUGGUUUAAAAAGAUUAAAAAGAGAACGUAUUGAGUGCAUAUGUGGAGCUGUUAGUGAGAGUCGCAAAUACAUAGGAGUUUGGGUACAGUGUGACAUGUGUGAUGCUUGGCAGCAUGCGGACUGUGUAGGUUAUUCACCUAAAGGGAAUGGUAAGAAGCCUAGUCAAGAUGAAAAAGUUUCUCAAAAAAAAAGCAAAAAGGAUGCAACGGAAAUUGUUGUUAGACAAGGUGAAUAUAUUUGCCAAAUGUGCUCUGAACUUCUACAAGUCACUGCCUCUCCCAUCUCUACGGGUGCCACUCUUAUUGUCUGUCCAGCUCCUAUAUUACUGCAAUGGCAUUCCGAAAUUACACGCCAUACGCGCUUGGGUUCUCUCGUAACAUGUAUCUACGAAGGUGUGAGGAACGCCUCACUCUCUGAAGAACCUAUAAUCGACAUCACUGAACUCCUCAAUGCUGACAUUGUUUUAACUACGUACGAUGUCCUCAAAGAGGACUUGACACAUGACCAUGACAGGCAUGAUGGUGACCGGCAGUGUCUUAGAUUCCAGAAAAGGUACCCUGUUAUUCCUACUCCACUCACAAGAAUAUUCUGGUGGAGGAUUUGUUUGGAUGAGGCCCAGAUGGUGGAGAGCAAUGCAGCUGCUGCAACAGAGAUGGCAUUGAGAUUAUAUACCAAACACCGUUGGUGUAUCACUGGAACUCCUAUACAGCGCAAACUUGAUGACUUAUUUGGACUUUUGAGGUUCCUUAAAGCAGAUCCUUUCGAUGUUUCAAGAUGGUGGAUUGAAGUUAUUAGAGAUCCAUAUGAGAGGCGAGACGCAAGGGCCAUGGAGUUUACGCAUAAAUUUUUCAAACAAGUUAUGUGGCGUUCUUCGAAAGUUCAUGUGGCUGACGAGUUGCAACUCCCACCUCAAGAGGAAUGCGUUUCGUGGCUCAAAUUUUCUGCAAUUGAAGAAUACUUCUAUAGCAGACAGCAUGAAACUUGUGUGAGUUAUGCCCGUGAAGUUAUAGAAACUUUGAAACGUGAUAUUCUCAAAAGAGGUCAUUCUUCUUCUGAUAAUCCUUUAAUCACUCAUGCCGAAACUGCAAAACUGUUGAAAUCGCUCUUGAAACUGCGCCAAGCUUGCUGCCACCCUCAAGUAGGGAGUUCUGGUUUACGUUCAUUGCAACAAACUCCAAUGACAAUGGAAGAAAUUCUAAUGGUCCUUGUGAAAAAGACUCAGAGCGAGGGAGAAGAAGCUCUUAGAGUGUUAAUUGUUGCUUUAAAUGGGAUUGCUGCUAUUGCCAUGCUUAAGCAAGAUUUUUCUGAAGCUGUAUCAUUAUACAAGGAAGCAUUGAAUAUAACUGAAGAGCACGCCGAGGAUUUUCGUCUUGAUCCAUUGUUGAAUAUUCACAUCCUUCACAAUCUAGCGGAGAUACUACCAAUGGUCGAAAGCAACAGAGGAAAACUUUCUGCAUCAGGAAGCCCUGAAAAAAGAAUAGAUGUAAAAGAUGACGAUCAUCAUCCUGCAGCGAAAAGGCAGAGGAUCGGUGAGCUCGACACUGUAACUCAUGUUUCUUCAGAAACUGCACAACAGUGGGAAUCCAGUGCUCCAGAGAGUGGUUUAAAGAAGGAUGGAGAGUAUCAUGAAGAGUGCAAAACUCUAAAUAUAGUUUGUGACUCAUUGAAAGUGAAGUAUUUAUCCGCAUUCAACUCAAAGCUUUCUGCCGCACAGCAGGAAUUCAGAAAAUCAUACAAUCAGGUUUCCGAGUCGUUGAGCAAUAUGGGGAAACAACAUUCGAGUUGGUGGUUGGAUGCCUUACAACUUGCUGAACAGAAUAAAGAAAUCUCCAGCGAGUUGACCAGGAAGAUUGAAGAGGCCAUCAAUCGAAGCCUAAACAAUUCAAGCUCCUCCAGAGCAACUUCUCGCUUUAGAACCAUACAUGGCCUGAAACUUCAUCUGCAGACUUGUAUGGAUACGUUGGAAAGCUCUAGAAAGACAGUGAUAGAUAGGCUUCUAGAGAUUGACCAGACUAUGGAGAAACCAAAAUUGGAGGAUAUUGAGCGUAUUGGUAACUGCAAGUAUUGUCUGAAGAGAGAUGAUGGCCCUACUUGUAUAUAUUGUGAGCUAGAUAAACUAUUUCAGGAAUAUAAUGCUAGGCUAUUCAGUCUUAAGAAAUCUCGUAGGGGAGUAAUGGAACAUGCGUCUGCAGAAGAGAUAGUAGAUUUGCAGAAGAAGAGAUCUGCCCUUAAUCUUUUCUUUGUUGGUUUGUCAUCGAGAAACAAGGAUCUAAAUGCACCAUAUGGUGAUAACGAAGAUCCCACCAAAAGAAAUGCUGGUGACGCCGUGGUUGUUUCAAAAUCUCCGUCUGAGACUGAAAUAGUUCUUGGAGUGAUAAGAAACCAUUGCAAAACUUAUUUAGACAGGGAAAGCAAAUUGGCAGCCACAAAACAUUUGCAUACCCUUGAGGUGAUGCGAAAGGAAUAUGCCCAUGCAAGGGCCUUGGCUAGGGCUCAAGCUCACCUCCUACGUGCCUACGAUGAGAUCAAGAUGGCAACAAUGAGACUGCAGCUUAGAGAAUCUGAAGAUGAUACUUCGAUUUAUGCUUUGAGCCUGAAUGAGUUAGACGCUGCUAGUGUGCAGAACACAAAUGAUAAAUUUUUGGCUCAAUCCUCGUUGCUUAGUAUUAAAGGGAAACUUCGUUAUUUGAAGGGUUUGAUGAAAUCCAAACAGAAACAAGAAUCCGAUAGUCCAGUUCAUUCUUCGCCAAAACGGGAAACAGUUAAGGAUUUAGCUCUUGUUGAAAAGAAAGGCGAAAACCUUUUGAAGCCUGAGGAAGCAUGCCCGAUUUGUCAUGAAAUUCUACGGAAUCAGAAGAUGGUUUUCCAGUGUGGACACAGCACUUGCUGUAACUGUUUUUUUGCCAUGACUGAGCGCAGAUCAAGUCACGAAACUCUGCGAAAGUGGGUGAUGUGUCCAAUAUGCAGGCAGCAUACAGAUGUUAGAAAUAUUGCAUAUGCUGAUGACAGUCGGAAUGGUUCUUCGUCUUCUUCAGAUCAAGAUCACAAAGAAAACGAAGCAUCAUUGGCUGUUCAAGGUUCAUAUGGAACAAAGAUUGAAGCUAUUACUAGAAGAAUCUUAUGGAUCAAGUCAAGCGACCCACAAGCGAAGGUUCUUGUUUUCUCCAGCUGGAACGAUGUUCUUGAUGUGUUACAGCAUGCCUUAGCUGCCAACAGCAUCACCUUCGUCCGGAUGAAAGGAGGCAGGAAAUCACAGACAGCCAUUAGCAAAUUCAAGGAGAUCGAGAAAGAAACUCAAAUGACAAACUCCCAUAAAAAAGAGGCAAAAUCGAUCCAAGUGCUAUUGCUCUUGGUGCAGCAUGGUGCCAACGGUCUUAAUCUUUUAGAAGCACAGCAUGUUAUUCUGGUGGAACCACUUCUAAAUCCUGCUGCAGAAGCGCAAGCUGUUGGGCGUGUUCACCGGAUUGGACAAGAGAAGCCUACUCUAGUUCAUCGUUUCUUGGUAACGGGCACGGUGGAAGAGAGCAUUUACAAGCUGAAUAGGAGUAAGAACGCACAGACAAACUCAUUCACCAGCAGGAAUACAAAGAAUAAAGAUCAAGAGUUUCUGACGCUAAGAGAUCUUGAAUCUCUAUUUGCUUCACCAGCAGCAAAAGCAGCAGAGACAGAAGAAAACCCCGGAGAAAGACGGACAAAUCUGAGAGAUCUACCGCCCUCAGUUGCAGCAGCCAUAGCAGCCGAGAGGAGAAUGAACGAAGGCAAUGCAUCAUCAUCAACUAUAAACGCAUCAUGA